UGAAUGAGGAAAAGUGAGAGGAAAGAGGUAAGAAAGACCUUUAGUUCGAAGCCAUCUCCCCCAAGCCUUCGGAUUUUGAGCUUAAAUGAACCCCCAGCCAAGACAGAAGAGAACAGUCACUACCUCUGAUCAUGUAUAUGCAUUUGAAAGUCAUCUCGCAUAUGAAAUGAAAUUGUGCCUCAAUCCAUCAAACGCCCUAAAUUGAACAUGGAAGCAACAUACAAUUUCAAGACACCACAUCAUUGCUUUGUUUAUGAUCCAUUCUAAAAACCUAAAGUACAAAUAUAGAGCAACUAAUGCAUAUUUCAAAUAUAGAGCAACAAGACAAAUUGUGCAACAGUUAAAAAAGAAAAAAAAAAAAAAAGAAAAACCAAUUUUAACAACAGAAGUGGCUUUUGUUAAGGUAAACAGAGUUGACCAUUUUCUCUCUCCUUUUCAGUUUUCAACCCAAAAAUAUGAACCUAUUCUUAGCAAAUUUGUGUCAUUUGGAGUUGUCAACUCCAUGAUCACUCAUCCUUCAUCACAACACAACCCACAUCGCGCCAUGGCACACCAUUCCAUACCCAAAAUUAGACAAACCAAAGUCCCAAACAAAAGAUUGAUCAGACUCAUCCCCCAUCUCUCCGAACAGCCGCAAGUUCUUCCCUGGAGGUGUCAGAUUCCGGUCAAUCAAAUAUGGCCGCUGUUCACCUCCUCCUCCUCCUAUUCUUCUUCUUCCUCACAUCCCUCUCUCUCUCCCCCCUCUCUCUCUCUAUAACCGACAACGAGGCCCUCCUCAAUUUCAAGAAAUCACUCACGAAUUCAAUCAAUCUUGAUUCUUGGGUUCCAGACACAUCACCCUGCAACACCGCCGGUGCACCAUGGGAUGGUGUUGUGUGUUCCAAUGGAGUUGUCAAUGGCUUAAAUCUCGGCGGUUUGGGUCUCUCUGGUACCAUCAAUACAGACGCAUUGCAGGAACUUCCUGGCUUACGAACCGUGGUUCUGGUGAACAAUUCUUUCUCGGGUAAGAUACCCAAAUUCAAUCGUCUCACUUCUGUGAAGGCUAUUUAUCUAUCCAACAAUAAUUUUUCCGGGGAAAUUCCCUCGGAUUUCUUCUCCAAUAUGAUGUCUUUGAAGAAACUUUGGCUCUCCCGAAACAAGUUUUCCGGGAAAAUUCCGGAUUCGUUGGGAAAAAUAACACAUCUCCUUGAACUUCACCUCGAUUACAAUGAAUUCUCAGGACCCAUUCCGUCUAUUAAUGGACAAGAUAAAUUAGUCGCAUUCGACGUGUCACACAACAAAUUGGAAGGUGAAAUCCCCAAGAAUCUGUUGAAAUUUAACGCUCGUUCGUUCAAGGGAAAUUCCCGGCUCUGUGGGCAACCAGUGGGCAAAGAGUGCCAGAAGGAUUCGCCGCCGAUAUCGGCUCCGGUGUCGAAAGUAGGGUGGGUAGUGGUAGGCAUAAUGGGUGCUCUGCUUUUACUCACAACGCUACUUUACCAUAGGAAGCCUAAGAAUGGUAACUUCAAUUUGCUUGGCACAGAGCAGCUCAGUCAUGAGGUGGUUGAAGUUCAGAUUUCGAGGAGUCCAAGCAGGGCAAGCACUAGCCGGAAGAUGAAUCUAUCAAGUAGCGGAGCAGGGUUGCCGAAUCAGCGUAAGCCCACCAGUGAUAUUGUCAUGUUGAAUGCAGAAAAGGGUGUGUUUGGGUUGCAGGACUUGUUGAAGGCGUCCGCGGAGGUGCUUGGAAAUGGCAGCCUGGGAUCAGCCUACAAGGCGGUGAUGGGGAAUGGGGUGGCUGUUGUGGUGAAGAGGAUGAAAGAGAUGAAUAAUUUGAGCAUUGAUGCAUUUGAUAAUGAGAUGACUAAGCUUGCCAAGUUAAAGCAUCCCAAUAUUUCGCCACUUUUGGGUUACCAUUACAGGAAAGAAGAGAAGCUGCUAGUGUGUGAGUAUGUUCCAAAAGGCAGCUUGUCAUAUGCGUUGCAUGGGGAUCGAGGGACAUCUCAUGGCGAGCUAAACUGGGCUACUCGUUUAAAGAUUAUCCAGGGAGUUGCCCGUGGAAUGAGUUACCUUCAUACUGAAUUUUCAUUGUCUAAGCUGCCCCAUGGAAAUCUAAAGUCUAGCAAUGUUCUUCUUGGCCCAAAUAACGAGCCACUACUCUGUGACUAUGGCUUCCAUUCAUUAAUGAACAAUACUGAAUCCGUGCAAUCAUUGUUUGCUUAUAAAUCCCCAGAAGCCACACUAAAACACCAAGUUUCUCCCAAGUCUGAUGUUUAUUGUCUUGGAAUUAUCAUCCUUGAAAUUGUAACCGGAAAAUUUCCAUCUCAAUAUCACAACAACCAAAAAGGUGGUACUGAUAUUGUGGAAUGGUUCCGGGAAGUAGUUUCUGAGAGGAAAGAGAAAGAAUUGAUUGAUCCAGAUAUAGCAAGUUGUACGAGUGCACUUGGACAGAUGGAGACGCUUCUCCACAUAGGAGCAUCAUGUGUUGAAGACGACCCUAGGGAGCGGCUUGACAUCUGGGAGGCCACUAAGAAGAUAGAGGAGAUUCAAAUUUGAAGCAGUCUUAGUUAUAGGUAUGGGUAGACUAGCACCAGCCAAUGCUUCAAACAUGGACGCUGAGCUCUCCAAUCGAAUCCAUGAGUCGGAAUGGUGAUAGAUAUGUUUUUGAUGUUUCAAGACUACCAAAAUGAAGGCUUUUGCGCGGCAUUUCACAAAGGAGUUAAUUCUCAUUCCCAAUUCUUAAACUAGGAAGAGGAAACAAAUUGCGUAAAAAGAGUGUCGGAGGUUGAAUUCUCUAGUCAUGAGCGUGCAUUUUGAAGAACUCACCUGGUGACCUUCAGUUCUGUGUUUGUGCCUUUGUUUAAGAUGCAGGGUCAGGUUUGUUUGACACACUCAACAUAUAUGAGACACGCAGACACUUUCACGCGAAAGAUUGGAUGACUACACACAUAUAUGGGCCUAUAUGGCAGCUGAGAAGGAGUUAUAUAUAUGCAUUUGUCCUUUCUUCUGUUGGCAACAUUCAGUUGUUAAUCCUUAGAAGUUCAUGUACAGUUUGUAUGUUAUGUUAGAACAAUUUUUUUUUUGCAAUUGCCAACUAAUUUGCAGAGAGGGCUUCCACUUCAGUAAAGAAUGAAAAGCUGCAAUGGUUGAUUUACAAGGGCCAUCUGGGAAAAAAAAAAAAAAAUAGUUUCCCUUUUCUCUCUUUGGAAGGUUACCCUCUUGGACAUUUUUGCCAAUCCUGUAAUGUUAUACAGUAAAAGAAAAUAUAAAUUUUUUUCCCACUCAUUUAAACACAGUAAGUAGGGAGUGUAUGGAUUUAUUUAUUUUAUUAUUUUUAUGUGUACUAUGAAUAGAGAUUAAUAAGAGUUUACAAAAUCUACACAGAGUCGCUGUUCUUCGUGGUUCAAAAAUGCCCUAAGCCUCUCCUCCCUG